CUCCUGCUGCAGCUGCGCCUUCUCCCCUCGCUGCGGCUUCACGAGCCUCCCAACUCCUGAAACCUCCCACAUGGGAAAAUGCGCACAUGGUUUCCUGCUGCUGCACUGAAGGGAUCCUGCAGGUCAGAGACAUGAGGACUUUAACCCGCUUCUACUGAGGACCUGGACCUGCAGCAGCAUCUGUUUUACCCCCACAAAAGGAGAUCUGCGUUAACUUUUACUUUUUGAAUUUUAUCUUUUUGGGUCUUGACUGAAAAUAUGGAUAAUAAAGCUGCAAAUUCGGAGAAAUCUCACCUGAUAGACGAGAAAAGCGCGAAGAUGUACUCCCUAAAACUGCGAAGCUCCUUCUCAGACUCCAAAGAGCCCUACCCAGACUUCCCUUUUAAGAAUGGAGGCAUGUCGGGUGCCAUCGAGCUGAAACACCGAGUUGGCGCGCACUGCCACGGACCCAAAGCCUCGACGUGUGAGGAGAGCGGGGACAAGCUGCUGGCCAAGAAGAAGCUGUUCAUCGCGUCAGGAGUCUGUCUCAUCUUCAUGACUGGAGAGAUUAUUGGAGGAUAUCUGGCCCACAGCCUGGCCAUCAUGACCGACGCAGCCCACCUCCUGACGGACUUUGGGAGUAUGAUGGUGAGCCUGUUCUCCCUUUGGAUCUCGUCCAGACCGCCGACCAAAACCAUGAACUAUGGCUGGCACAGAUCAGAGAUACUCGGAGCGUUCAUCUCAGUCAUGUCCAUCUGGAUAGUCACCGGGGUUUUGGUCUACUUAGCCAUUGAGAGGAUCGUACGCAACGACUAUGAAAUUGAGGGUCACGUGAUGCUAUUAACCUCUGGCUUUGCUGUCGCUGUAAAUAUUAUAAUGGCCUACAUCCUCCACCACUCCACCACCCUCCACCCCCAUGGCAGCGGUUACCACCAAAUCGACGAGGACGGCCAGAGCCCUGUCAGUCAUGGCCACUCCCACACGCUACUCUGUGCCCAUGGUAACACGAGUGUCCGUGCUGCAUUCAUCCAUGUGGUUGGCGACCUUCUGCAAAGCAUUGGCGUUGUGGUUGCGGCGAUCAUCAUCUACUUUCGGCCGGAGUACAAAGUUGCAGAUCCUAUUUGUACGUUCCUGUUUUCUAUCUUUGUCCUCUGCACCACCCUCACCAUCCUCAGAGACGUCUUCAGGAUACUCAUGGAAGGCCUUAGAGCAGCGAUUCCCAACCUCCAAGGAGGGCCCCACAAUGGUGUCUGUGCUGAGGCUGUGAGGUUGUUAAGAUUAUAUUUGUAAAUAUUUAUUUUACAAAUAACACCCAAUAACACAUCCAAUACUAUAAUGAAAACUCUGCAUAAGAGUUAUUACUCUAAUGAAUCACUUUUAAUGUCUUCAUACAGGUAGGAUUUGGGGUUCGGGGAGGCCCCGGCUUGUCUUGGACACAAGGGAGUCCUCCUGGAAAAAAAUUGGGAACCACUGCCUCUGAGUUAUUUUUGGCGCUGACUUUUAGUAAAAACUAGAACGAUAAAAAAAAUACUAUCUUUUUUUAUUGUGCCUCUCAAGAUAAAAAUCACAAAGUGCUUCAUAGGAACAAAAAUUUUAAAAAUGAAAAAGAUUUUAAUAAAAAAAAAAAAGAUCUAAGUAAUCAGUGGAUCCCGGAAGGCAGAGGAAGAGCAGAACAAGGAGAGGGAGGUGAUGAAGGUCCCACCAAAGCCUGAACAGGCGAGUUUAAAGGAGACCGCUGAGUCCAGUGAUCUCAGGCUCAGGGGGAGAGAGUUCCAGAGUCUGGGGGCCACAACAGCAGAUGAUCUAUCACCUUUGACCUUUAGCCUGGUGCUGCACAACCAGUAGACUUUGGUCACUGGACCUCAGGGACCUGCUAGGGUGAAGGGACUGAGAAGAUCAGCAAUGUAAGAUGGUGCGUGUCCAUGUAAGGCCCUAUAGACCAGAACCAGGAUCUUGAAAUGAACCCUGAAGUUGACUGGCAGCCAUUGAAGCUGGAGGAGAAGCGGGGUGAUGUUAGCCUGGCAAGCCAGACUAAAUAAAUGUAUUAUUUAGUCUGGCCACACCAGUGUUGCCAGAUCCAAAAUCCCACAAUAUCGUACAGAGAGGCCUAAAUUAUCGUUUUUCAGUACAAAUUAUCGUACAUUAUAAAUUUGAUAAUAACGUUCUAUAAACGACUUCUCACUCCAAUAUAAUAUAACAAAGAAGGUGUUUUAUAUUGCCCUGUUUAAAUAAACAUCUUUAAAACCAGUAAUAUAAUGCCUAUAAACGUGCAGAGUGUGUCGGCACCACUCCGACCUCCACGCAUUGACACAAUAUGCACUUUUGCGCAGUCCUAUUUAUUUCAUUUCUACAUAGGUUAAAAGCACGCGACAAAACAUCACAGCAGUGGAAAAACUGACCCAAUAAAUGACAAAGCAGCCUACUCACCUAGUUGCUGAUCUCGAUCUCCUCAUGUGAUUCACUGUCUGUCGCAGCAGAAUGCCUUUAAUCACCUGUACUAAGUGGUCUGUGCUUCUCAGUGCAAUGUUGUGCUCGGCUGAAAAGCCACAUAGCUUGAUUUCAGCAUUUUUCACAUCAUUUUCAAACUUCUCUUUUUCAUUAGUUUGCUGGAGACAUUUAAGAAUAGAUGUCUGGUUUGGCGCAAUGCAUUUGACCCUUUCAUUGUGUUUAGCUCCCUUUGCAUGAUUCUAGAGAACGGUGAUUUCUGAUACCAUCUGGGUGUUGCAGCAACGACAGAAAGCCUUGGUUUCGUUCCCCGUAACAGGUGCAAUCCAUCCUUUGAAAAUAGGGUCCAACUCCCACGCAGGACGAUAAACUUGUGUCCGAUGUUGCUUUGCUUUACCUUCUUCCGUCCAUUCUCUGGUUUUUCUUUUAAGGUUAGAAGCCAUUGUCUCGUCGCUCAGUCCUCCUAGAUUAGACUUAACUCGGCGUGCUCGCAGGCGAACAGCAAAAACCGGCGGGCCACUGCCACAUUAUAUAACCUUACAGUUUCUCGCGAGAGUAGGCCCUAUCGAUGUGAUUGGGCUAUUGAUUGUACAGAUCCAGAGUCAGUUUUUGUAAUAGACACAAUAGCAUAAACCUGUAAGCACUGAGGUGAAAUCUGACUUCAGAACAGUUUAAAAUUAUGUAAUUGACUUGGGAAAGCCACAGCAAAAGACGGUGUUACUAGAUGCAAUGUGAAAUUAUCGUACAUUUGAGGAUUUUUGAAACUAUUGAUCGUACAUCGUACAGAGCCCAAAAUUAUGGUACAAAUACGAUAAUUAUCGUACAUCUGGCAACACUGGGCCACACUCCAUUGACGGCUCUCGGUUGUGGGGCGGGUUCUACCGUUUUCUUUCAAAUGAUCUCCGCAUUCCACUGGACAAUGAAUGUGACAUACUCUUGUUUCACUCUGUUGCAUCAUCCCACCCACCAGGCAUAUAGAGUGCCCUGAUUGUCCCACAAAGCAGAUAAAGCUCUGUGAUUUGUUCACUAAACAGAUAGAGCACUAUGAUUGGCCCACCAAUAUGGACCAAUCACAGCUCUUUAUGUGUUUGAAACCCCUCUAGAGAGCUGUGAUUGCCUAGCCAGAGUCCUGGUAGGAGCUGCGGAGGUUCCAAUGGAGCAUGCCUAGACCAUUCUUUGCAAAGCAAGAAUUUGGUCUAGUUCACUAGGCUAGGGUGAUGUGGGUGUGUUUGGAGGACUUGAUCAGAAGCCGAGCACAGGCAUUCUGAACCACCUGUAGACGGUUCAGGGAGGUUCGGCUCAGACAUGUGAAAAGAGAGUUGCAGUAGUCUAAGUGUGAGGAGAUGAAGGUGUGGAGAACUGUCUCAAGUUCAUCAAGUUGGCAGGAAUGUUAAGAAAUACCUUGACCUCAAUGCCUUUGAAGUAGAGGUCGACCGAUAUUGUUUUUUCUGUAUCGAUGCCGAUAUGUAAAGGUCAUGGUCAGCCAAUUUUCAUGGUCGAUAUGUAAAAAAUUUCCACCUCAUUUUCAUGCUAAAAUGUCACUAAUAACUUUAGUUGAUUCACCAAACAUUUGAAACCGAAUCAGUUUUUGAACACCAGCUGUUUAAAUUAUAACUUUGUUCACUGCUCUGUGUUAAGAUCAGACAUUUAACUAAAGCUAAUCAAAGAAAUGUGUAACCUGACCAAGUAUUACAUAUUCUAAACUGGGACAUUAUAAUACUUUUUUGUUGGAAAUAAUUUUGUGAGCAUUUAUUAAACAGACGGUAUUCAGGAAUAUAAAAAUGCACUUAAAUUCUGCAGGUGCCAGGGUGCCCGUGGAUGUGCCUAACUUUAAAUCAGUUUUACUAAGGAGUCAUAUGGGCUGAUAUAUAAAUAUUGGGAAAUUUCGGCCCAAUAUAUCAAAUUAUUUAAAAACGUUAACACAGAAAAUACACUUUAAAUAGCUGAAAUGUCCCUUUAGAGGCAGUAGAAACAUUAUGUAAAACAAGUAUUAAACAGUAAAAUGUGAUUGUUUUGACAUGAAUUACAGAUGAUUAACAUACAGCCUUUUGUUU